UCUGACCUCCGUGUUUUUACCAACAAGGCCUAAUAAACAACUACUACUGCCAGAAACCAGAGAGAGAGGAAGACGAAACCCAUUCAAUAACUCCGUUGAACACAGCGACGAAAGAAAACAAAAUAAGGAUUUUUUUUUUUUGCUUUAAUUUCUUCCUUCCUUCACCUCCAUUGGUGACCGGUGGAGGUGUUUAUUGUGUGGGUGUUGUUGGUGUUGGUGUUGGUUCAAUCGUUCGUUGAGCUCUCCCUUUCUAUCGAUCUUCUUUCGUUGGUUGUUACUUCCGAUGGUUGACUCCACUUGAAGCAACCGUUUUCUUGAAUCUCUCUGAUGGGUUUCGUUUUGUCUCCUUCGAGUCCUCGGGAUCAACUGAAACAGAGAGUUUUUGUUGGACUUUGCAUUUGAAUUGUGUUUCUGAUAUGAUCUGGAAGGCGAAUUCGGGUUACAUGCUAAGGAAGAGAAAGGGAGGACUCUCAGUCUGGCGCGGGAGUAUAGUCCUAUGUGUAAUUUUAGCUUUGUUCCGGCCGGCAAUAGCUCUCCGACCACUAAGGGAGAAGGCUCGGUCUUGGGGUGAUGAGUGGCUAUUUAUUAGAAAAGAUGACAAUGACCAUGGUUCAUAUUCUCCCUGGAACAUAACAGGCACCUACAGAGGAACUUGGAGUUUCCUAGAUUCCAGUAACAGCUCUUCCAGAUUUCCUGAUUUUGGGAGAUCAAGUGGCAAUUCUGUUUUUGAACUGGUGACUACUCCGACAAAGAUUAACGGAGUACAUUAUGUCCAGGGAGUUAUUAUUUUCCACGAUGUUUUCAACAAUGAACAUGAUGCUCGUGCAGCUCAAAUGAGGGUAGAAGGUGUAUAUAUUUGGCCUUUUAAACAACUUCGAAUGGUAGCCAAUAGUGGAAGAGAAGGAGAGCUUGGCCAAGAUGAAGAUUAUUUUUUGGCUACUCCAUAUCACUUGCUUGGAGUUUUCUCAUCUCAAGUGUUUCAAGAGUCUUCCCGAGAUAAGAUUUGGAGAAAGAAAAACUCACCUACCUUUGACAUAGAGAAGCAUUGUAAUUUGGAAAUUGCAGCUCAAAUUUCACAAGUCUCAUCAACCCAAAGUGAUGGGGACCAGGAACGUUAUCAUCUGCAAGGGUUAAUAGAGAGUCCUUCUGCGGAUGAUGAAGGAGAGUGCUUCUCACCUAUAGUAUUAAAUGCUACUUCUGUCAACAUUGAAGUCUACUACAACAAAGCAGUUAACUAUACCUUGAUGGUCACCUUUGUCUCUUUCCUUCAAGUUCUUCUGUUAAUUCGGCAGAUGGAGCAUAGCAACACUCAAUCUGGAGCAGCUAAAGUGUCAAUUUUAAUGAUUGGACAACAAGCUAUUAUGGAUGCUUAUCUUUGUCUUUUACAUCUAACUGCAGGAAUAUUGGUUGAAUCCUUGUUCAAUGCUUUUGCUACAGCUGCUUUUUUCAAGUUUGUUGUCUUCUCCAUUUUUGAGAUGAGGUAUCUUCUUGCAAUAUGGAAGGCAAGUAGGCCUAUGAAUAAUGGAGAAGGUUGGGAGACAAUGAGACGUGAACUGUCAGUUCUUUAUAGCCGUUUCUAUGGUAUUCUUUUGGGAGGCAUUCUAUUCAUGUAUGAGUUUCAUAAUUUUCUGCGUCCUAUUCUUCUCCUUAUGUACUCCUUCUGGAUACCUCAAAUAGUCACUAAUAUUAUACGUGAUUCAAGAAAACCAUUACAUCCUCAUUACAUAUUAGGCAUAACUGUUACCCGGCUAGCAAUUCCAUUGUAUGUCUUUGGUUGCCCAAACAAUUUCAUGCGCAUUGAACAAGACAAGAAUUGGUGCAUCUUUUUGGUGGUAUUCAUGGGGCUCCAAGCAUCGAUUCUUCUUCUUCAGCAUUAUCUUGGAUCUCGGUGUCUCAUACCUCGCCAGAUCCUACCUGAGAAAUAUAGUUAUUAUAGAAGGUUUGAUCAAGAUACUAGUCAGGCUACUGAUUGCGUUAUUUGCAUGACUGCCAUUGAUCUUACACAACGAUCAAAUGAUUGCAUGGUGACUCCCUGUGAUCAUUUCUUCCAUUCGGGUUGUUUACAAAGGUGGAUGGAUAUAAAGAUGGAAUGCCCAACUUGCCGACGCCCCCUGCCACCGGCUUAGAUAGAUGCUCCUGCCCUCUCUGUAUAGUUUUUUUAGAAUCAGCUGACAUCGUCCAGUUCAUUAUUUUCUGGUAGGCAAUUUAACCAGGAUCUGCAUAAACUACAUCCCCACGAGGUAGCUGCUAUGUGGUAUACUUAAUUCAGACAUUCCAAGAGCAUGUACAAACAACUCAUGGCCUCCAUAAUUCAUGUACUUUAGUGUUUUAACAUGAUGCAUAUGCUGCUUCGGUACAUUUUGUUGUCUUUAUUAACAGGGGUGUCUUUCCCAACUCCUGCCCUUCUACUUGCUUCCCAAUUGGGGGUAGGAAACCUCCAGAGUCAGAAUCUUACUUAUCAUUCAAUUAAGUAGGGAGAUUAAGAAAAAGAAAAACAGAAAAUAGGCGGAUAUAAAGACAGACUGUACUGAAGGCCUUGGCAUCA